UAGCAUCACUUCAUAUGGCCACAGAUAGAACAAUGAGUUAUACAAAUAUUUGAUAUGGCCACACGACACUUCCGCCCCAGUAAAAUCGAACCAGUGAGGGGCCUCGGAAGCUACCACGACUACCCGGGUCGUGGUAAACAACUUCUUUCUCUUCAGUGAGUAGGUGAAUGAGUGAGUCAGAAUGUAAAGCUACAGACAGAGAUGACGAUAUCUUUGUCUGGUGCAAUUUUACAACGGCCGUCAAAUGGGUUUUAAAUGGGACCUUUAAAUGAAGAAUCAAGGGCCCUGCUAUUGCUUAAAAUCGUCAGGGGAUUCCAGGGGGAGCAUGUCAACUGCUUGACUCAAAACACCAACAUCCUCUACCGCCUCAGCUAACGCUAGUGAUGGUGAGCAUCUGCAGCGGCUAAAGGCAUGACAGACAAUCUACGACACCAGAGGCCUCGAGCUCUAGAAUCAGAUGCUGGCAGAGCACAAGGGUUCGCGAGAUAAACAUAGAGGCAGUGCAAAGAUAAGCCAACGCAGAAGCCAUUAUCCCUUAUUUUCUCACUUUUAUUGGGCCUGGCUUCCAGCCCGAAGCUGUUUUUUACUGGAUGAAAUGUGUAUAUUAUAGUGUAAGUGGUGUCAGCUAUUGAACGCAGUGACUGGACUUUUAAACCUACUCUUGUGAGUUCAGCCAGCUCAUCAACAAAACACAAUGGCAUCUGAUGACCACAAGGAGACAGAGAAUGACCUGUCAGAACCCCUUCAAGCGGAUGAUGAGUUAUUGAGUCAGUAUGAGGAGGAGGACCCUGCUAGCAUUAACUUCAAAUCCAAAAGUUUACCUGCUCUGAAUGACUCAGGCCAGCAAAGCAAGUCCUUGUUGGCCAAGUCUAUGCAGCAGCAGGUGUCAAUAACUGAGGAAAAGUGCGCUGAAUUAAUCCAACUCCCACAGAGGAUCAACCUGAACCAACCUCUACCUGAAUCCUCCACUAGGACUAAUAUUAACUAUUCCCCUUCCAGUUCUAGUGUGGUGGGGAUGAGUAGUUCAUUUAACACCGAGACACAGGUGAGCAAGCCCAGGAGUAAAAACCCAACGAGGCAAGGCUUCCUCACCUCGAGGUUACACCUGAUGCGUUUACCCACUAGGAAAUACAUUAAUGCAAUUCUCGAAGACUCUCGCUGUUUUUUAUUUUGCAUGUGCUACCUGACAUUCAUCCAGUCACUGAUGGUGUCUGGCUACCUUAGCAGUGUCAUCACCACCAUAGAGAAGAGGUACAGCCUCCGGAGCUCUGAGUCCGGCCUGCUCGUCAGCUGCUUUGACAUAGGCAGUCUGCUGGUGGUGGUCUUCAUCAGUUACUUCGGAGGCCGAGGGCAGAGGCCCAGAUGGUUGGCCGUGGGUGCAGUGUUUAUAGCCGUCGGAGCAGCACUCUUCUCCUUGCCUCACUUCAUCUCCCCUCCGUACCAAAUCCUGGAGGUGAACUCGUCCCGGGGCAACGAGGGCCUGUGUAUGAACAACAACGGCAGUGGCAAGGACUUCCUGGAUGUGUCUUGUCCCAGAGACCAGGAGGGAAAUGAGCACAACCUGUACGUGGCCCUGUUCAUCAUUGCACAGAUCCUGGUAGGCAUGGGGUCGACGCCCAUCUACACCCUGGGACCCACCUACCUGGACGACAAUGUCAAGAAGGAGAAUGCCUCUCUUUAUCUAGCUGUCAUGUACGUGAUGGGAGCCCUGGGUCCAGCUGCUGGGUACCUGAUGGGAGGAGUUCUCAUCGGCUUCUACGUCGACCCCAAGACUGUGGUCAACAUCGAUCAGAGCGACCCUCGCUUCAUUGGCAACUGGUGGAGCGGCUUCCUGCUCUGUUCCAUUGCCAUGCUACUGGUCAUAUUCCCCAUGUUCGCCUUCCCCAAGAAGCUGCCUCCCAGAAACAAGAAGAAGAAGAAGAAGAGGAAAAAGAUCACCCUGGACAACGUGUCCAGCGAUGAUGACAUCUCCAAGGAGAAGGCCGACAGCAAGAGCCAGAAGGUUACAUCAUCCAUGGGCUUUGGGAAAGACAUUAAAGAGCUGCCUAAGGCUGCAGUGAGGAUCUUGAGUAAUGUCACCUUCCUGUUUGUGAGCCUGUCCUACACUGCAGAGAGCGCCAUCGUCACCGCCUUCAUCACCUUCAUACCCAAGUUCAUCGAGUCACAGUUUGGCAUCCCGGCAUCCAGCGCUAGUAUCUACACAGGUGUGAUCAUCGUGCCCAGUGCUGGGGUGGGUAUAGUCCUGGGGGGCUACAUAAUUAAGAAGCUGAAGCUGGGAGCCAGAGAGUCAGCCAAGCUGGCCAUGAUCUGUAGUGGGGUCUCUCUGCUCUGCUUCUCUACUCUGUUCAUAGUGGGCUGUGAGAGCAUCAACCUAGGAGGCAUCAACAUACCAUACACCACUGGUCCUACUCUGACUAUGACCCAUCGUAACCUGACUGGAGGGUGUAAUGUGAACUGUGGCUGUAAGAUCCAUGAGUACGCUCCAGUCUGUGGCUCAGACGGAAUCACCUACUUCAACCCCUGCCUGGCAGGCUGCAGCAGUGUGGGCAACGACAGCACAGGAAUCAGGAACUACUCUGACUGUGCGUGUGUCCAGAGCAGGCAGGUCAUCACCCCCUCCUCUAACGGCCAAGUCAACCAGCUGCAGCUGGUCAUCGUCAAGACCUACCUGAACGAGAAUGGCUAUGCCGUGUCGGGGAAGUGUGACCGCACCUGCAGCACCCUCAUUCCCUUCCUCAUCUUCCUCUUCAUCGUCACACUCAUCACGGCCUGCGCUCAGCCCUCCGCCAUCAUUGUCACUCUUAGGUCAGUAGAAGAGCAAGAGAGACCCUUUGCACUCGGGAUGCAGUUUGUUCUCCUCAGGACCCUUGCCUACAUACCUACUCCCAUCUAUUUUGGGGCGGUGAUCGACACCACCUGUAUGCUGUGGCAGCAGGACUGUGGUGUCCACGGCUCCUGCUGGGAGUACGAUGUCACUUCCUUCCGCUUCGUCUACUUUGGCUUGGCCGCCAGCCUCAAGUUCAUUGGCUUCAUCUUCAUCUUCCUCACCUGGUACUCCAUCAAGUACAAGGAAGAGCGUCUGGAGCGCUGGCUGAAACACCUCUCGCCCAUGGACACGGUGAGCGACCUCAUCUGCCACGCCGGGGGACACAAGGGACACGCCCGUACCCGCUCCUGUCCCGUUAAUAUACCACGCAAUGAACCUCCCAUCAUCCCCGUCCUCAACAGGGGCCUCAGUAGCCAGAGCUGCCCGGGGAACAGCCUGAAGAGCCUGAAAGCAAUAACCCCGCCGGCCCCUCGCCCUCCCGCUCGCUCUCUGGAACAGGUGUCUGCCCGCGUCUGAGGGCAACUCCUACCGCCCUUCCAUCCACAUUCUCUUCAAUGUCUGCCUUUCUUACUCUGGGUUCUCACUCGUAUGGUAUUAUAGUAUACGUUCACACACACACGCACAAGACGUCACUCAGACAGACAGCGGAUGGUCAACAUGUAUACAGGAAGACACUGGAAUGGAUGUACCCCAGUUAGCAAAUCUUCCCUCUACCUAGUAUGUUGGUGUCCUUUUCUCUUUGGUUUGUUUUCGUCAUGGGAGGGAAUGCAUAUCAUCUCUUUAGAAAAGUGCACCUUCGAUACUUCUCGAGAACGAUCGUAGUGAUGGUAUUGUUGCGUGGCGCUAGGUGAAAAUGACAUGAAUAAUAUCCUCCAUUGCUCAGUUUUCGUGUUCAUUCUAAGACCUCAGCAAGACGAGGUGACUGAGCUACGCAGCUUGGCCAGCGAGCAUAAACUAAAUCCUCUACUAUGCAAGGUCAUUUUCUUUUCCCCCUAUUAUUCAAUGGCAAGCUGUAUUAAAAGCACACAUUGAGCAUUGCCUUCCCUUUCCAUACAAUCUGGAAAUGUCAUUCAGUAUCACCCCAGACCUGCGUGUAAUGAUGAGUGGUUGACUUGGAAAAGAUGUGUCUGGAAACAUUUUGAAUUAGAACCACUCUUCUGUGGUUACCUCAUUGACAGGCCCACAAAUAUAUCCCUCGCCGUUGUUCUAUUUCAGACACACUUGGGCUGCAUCCUAAAUGGUACUCUAUUCUCUAUAUACUGUAGUGCUAUACAUUUGACAAUUGCCGAUAGGUCUUUGGUCCAAAGUAGUGAACUACAUGGGGAAUAGGGUGCCAUUUGGGGCACAGUCUAAGUGCACUCAUGAUGACCCCCCUCAGUGUUGCUUCGUGUGCCAUGGGCUUUACAGAACGAAGGCAUCUUUUGCUUACCGAUCUCUUAUUAACAUGUCUUGUUUCAGACAAAAAUCAGAAUUGAAAUGUUUACGUCCCAAAUGGUACCUUAUUCCAUUUAUAGUGUGCCACUUUUGACCAGGGCAAGAGUAGAGCGCUACAUAGGGAAUAAGGUGCCGUUUGGCAUGCAUACAAUGUUUUAACCAACCAGACCCCCUGCUGGUUCUGGUGGAGCAGAACCAGACCCCCUGCUGGCUCUGUGGUGGAGCAGAACCAGACCCCCUGCUGGCUCUGUGGUGGAGCAGAACCAGACCCCCUGCUGGCUCUGUGGUGGAGCAGAACCAGACCCCCUGCUGGCUCUGUGGUGGAGCAGAACCAGACCCCCUGCUGGCUCUGUGGUGGAGCAGAACCAGACCCCCUGCUGGCUCUGUGGUGGAGCAGAACCAGACCCCCUGCUGGCUCUGUGGUGGAGCAGAACCAGACCCCCUGCUGGCUCUGUGGUGGAGCAGACCAGACCCCCUGCUGGCUCUGUGGUGGAGCAGACCAGACCAGUGCUGCUGGUGCAAAGAGACUGCUGUGCUUCCCAUGAUUAACUAAUCCACACAAACCAACCACUAUUUCACAUUUGUUAGUCAGUAGUUUAGUAAGUAGCCUCUGUCACCGGCUUUCACCUUACCUUCGAGCGAAGACUGGGAGUCUGUGGCCAGUAGUUUAGAUUAGCUUAUUAGGUCUGUAACUGGAUGCCUAGAUGAAUUGAUUUACCAACAGCAGGGCCACUUCUCCCAUGUAUUGUGUAACCAAUAAUAAUUAUUAUAAUGCAACUACUCACUAUGUCAACGAUAGAGCAUGUUCUACUGAACAACUGUCAAAGGGAUAUCAAUCAUGGCUGCUGAGGUUGUUUGUUUGGCCUUUUGGUGAAGUUUUGUUUGUAUUUGUAUUGUAUCUUUGUAUUAAUUCAAAGGACAUCAGACUAAUUUCUUAAGCAGUGCUAAAUCGAGUUUAGGGCUGGGAGUUACUAACUCCCACAGCUCAGUAAUCAAUACAAUUACAUGGACAGAGGCGACCUGAUUCUAGAUCAGCACUACUUCUCGGAGACUAGUGAUACAAGCUGGAGGGCAACAAGAUCGUUGAAACAAGUAGUUCAUGGGUGUAACAUGCAAUAUUCAAGUACAUAUUGCUUUUGGUUUUACAGGGUGGUUUAGGACACCUGCUAGUCAGAUGUGGUAAGCAAUAUUGUAGAAAUACUCUAAUGAAGCUGUGGUGUUUCCCCAAGCGAAAUAACUAGACAAUUAUUUGGUGGAAUAAUCGUAAUUUUCAGUUUAUUUUAACACUUAAAUAUUAGAAGCUAAAAUUAUGCUUUUCUAUGUAUCUAUGUUGAAUUUGGGCAGGUGGAACAGCACUGAGCCUGUAAACAACAAAUUUCACUUCACCUAUCCGGUGUAUGUAACAAUAAAACAUUAUUAUUACUUCCAUGAUACAAUGUGGCUGUUGGUUUAGAGUUAAUAGCGUUAAAACUAUGGGAUAUUAUAACAUGUUACCGUUAAUAUGGAAGGGUACCAAAACUCUUUAUAGUAAAAUGACUGACAUUGUCAGCUAGAAUAACAGUGUAAUGCAUCCGAUAGUAGUUGUGAUAGACAUAAUUGCUGCAUGUAAUAGUUUUUCAGGACUCCAGACACUAUUAUUAAUGGAAAUAAGUCACAUAACUCUUAGUCAAACAUUCCAUUUCAUGUGAAAGAAAAAGUAGAAUACAUAGAGUAAAUCGGGUGCAAAUUAAUCACAAUUCUAGCUAGACUACAUUUUGCGACAAGGAUUCUCCUAACUUUAGUGUUAUUGAAUUGGUUAGUGAAAGGCUACAGUAUUAUGUUUCUCAGUGCUUACUUUUCCUACUAAUUGAUUGAAGUUGAGAUGUUGCUGAUUCUGAAAUGCUCUUGACUUCAUGUAAUGGAACUCAAUGAUAAGACUGACUGUGGACUGUGAAGAAUUUGACUCUAGGAUUUUUGAUUGACUUGCUGCCAUCAUUUGACCUUUUCAACCUAUACUGUACCUAUAGUACCAGGAUGUUUGCUGCAGAAUUCUGGUACUCUUGUGAUCCUCACCGGCAAACCUACUGUUCCUCUGGAGCUAGGAGAGAGGAGCUCUCACUCUUACCGCCCUGUGUAGUGCUGUUUAUUAGUCUUUGUAUGUGGCAUAAAAUAAGGAUUUGACCUGGAUGUCACCAUAAGGACUAUUUCAGGUAGAUUGUAGAUUUAUGUUUUUUGUGUUUUUUUUUUGCAGUAUUAUAUUUAUUUAAUUUCAAAUGACAGUGUUUUAAUGACAAGUUAAUGCCUCUGCUAUAUGGUUGACAUCAUAAGAAAGAAAAUGUACAUUGUUUGUGGACACACUGUUUACAAAUUCCUUCGAUACUUGACAUCUGUCAAUUUAAAAUUCCAAAAAAUAAAUAUUGAAUUGAAUCACGA